CUGACUUACAUUUGUGAGCAGCAUUCAGUGCUGUGCGAUGGAUCCACCCUGACAGAUGUGAUUUGAUAUUAUUACUACUGAUGGAUUUCUGAUUUGACGCAACACCAAACAGUAUCGAGAGGAGGGCGUUAUCGUGCAAGAUGGACACGGCAGAGGAAGCUGAUAUAUGCCGGGUGUGCCGCUCCGAGGGAACCCCUGACAAACCUCUGUACCAUCCAUGUGUCUGCACUGGCAGUAUUAAAUUCAUUCAUCAAGAAUGCUUGGUUCAGUGGCUGAAGCACAGUAGGAAAGAAUAUUGUGAAUUAUGCAAGCACAGAUUUGCUUUCACACCAAUCUACUCGCCAGACAUGCCAUCACGGCUUCCGGUGCAGGACAUAUUUGCAGGACUGGUCACAAGUAUUGGCACGGCUAUACGCUACUGGUUUCACUACACACUUGUUGCGUUUGCAUGGCUGGGAGUUGUGCCUCUCACAGCAUGUCGAAUAUACAAGUGUCUGUUUACAGGCUCUGUGAGCUCUCUCCUCACCCUGCCUCUUGAUAUGCUGUCCACGGAGAACUUGCUGGCGGAUUGCUUGCAGGGUUGUUUUGUGGUGACAUGCACCCUGUGCGCCUUCAUCAGCCUGGUGUGGUUGAGGGAGCAGAUCAUACACGGUGGCGCCCCCCAGUGGCUGGAGCAGAAUCUACAGGCAGCAGCCAACAUGGCCGCACAAGCCAAUGAGGCCCCGGCUGCAGCACCAGGCCCUGGUGACCCAGACCCACAGGCUGAGGAGGCCCCUGCGGAGCAUCCCCCCGAGGAAGAGGAGGAUGCGGACGAAGAGCAGGCAGCAGACGACCCCGAGCAGCAGGAGGACCCAGCCGAAGACCUGGAGGCUGACAAUGAGGAUGAAGAGGAGGCAGGGGCCGAAGAUGCUGAGGCCAACAACGGAGGCCAAGAUGACAUGAACUGGAAUGCCCUGGAGUGGGAUCGGGCGGCAGAGGAACUGACCUGGGAAAGGAUGCUUGGACUUGAUGGGUCCCUAGUGUUUUUGGAGCAUGUCUUUUGGGUGGUGUCACUGAACACACUCUUCAUCCUGGUGUUCGCAUUUUGCCCAUAUCAUAUUGGACACUUUUCCGUUGUGGGUCUUGGCUUUGAGGAAUACGUCCAGGCCUCACAUUUUGAAGGUCUCAUAACCACCAUCGUUGGCUACAUCCUGCUGGCCAUGACCUUAAUUCUGUGCCAUGGCUUAGCAGCACUGGUGAGGUUCCAGAGAUCCCGACGUCUCUUAGGAGUUUGCUACAUAGUGGUAAAGGUGUCCCUGCUGGUUGUAGUUGAGAUUGGUGUUUUCCCCCUCAUUUGUGGAUGGUGGCUGGACAUUUGCUCAUUGGAAAUGUUUGAUGCCUCGCUGAAAGACAGGGAGCUGAGCUUCAAGUCGGCCCCUGGGACGACCAUGUUCUUGCACUGGCUUGUGGGGAUGGUUUACGUCUUCUAUUUUGCUUCGUUUAUCCUUCUGUUGCGAGAGGUUUUGAGACCUGGUGUCUUGUGGUUUCUAAGAAAUCUGAACGAUCCUGACUUCAAUCCAGUCCAGGAGAUGAUUCAUCUGCCAAUUUACAGACAUCUCAGGAGGUUUAUUCUCUCCGUGGUGGUGUUUGGUUCUAUCGUGCUUCUUAUGCUGUGGCUGCCCAUCAGAAUGAUCAAACUCAUUCUCCCAAGCUUUCUACCUUACAAUGUUAUGCUGUACAGUGACGCCCCCGUGAGCGAGCUGUCUCUGGAGCUGCUGCUGCUGCAGGUGGUGCUGCCGGCGCUGCUGGAGCAGGGACACACGCGCCAGUGGCUCAAGGGCCUGGUCCGCGCCUGGACCGUCACCGCCGGAUACCUGCUAGACCUCCAUUCGUACUUACUGGGAGACCAGGAAGAGACGGACGCCGACCAGCAGCCUGCUCCCGCCGCCGGCGGCGGCAACAACAACAACCAGGCUCCGCGCAACAACAACAACGCCAACGCCAUCCCCGUGGUGGGCGAGGGGCUCCACGCGGCCCACCAGGCCAUCCUGCAGCAGGGGGGGCCCGUGGGCUUCCAGCCCUACCACCGGCCCCUCCGCUUCCCUUUCAGAAUUGGCCUUCUGAUUGCACUGAUGUGCAUCACACUGUUAGUAGCCAGUCUGGUCUGCCUCACCUUACCAGUCUUUGCCGGGCGCUACCUGAUGUCCUUUUGGACGGGCAGCUCGAAGAUCCACGAGCUGUACACGGCGGCGUGCGGCCUGUACGUGUGCUGGCUGUCCAUCCGCGGCAUCACCCUCCUGCUGGCCUGGAUGCCGCAGGGCCGUCGGGUCAUCCUGCAGAAGGCCCACGAGUGGUCCCUCAUGAUCGUGAAAACUGUGGUUGUGGCCGUGCUGGUGGCUGGGGUCAUUCCCCUGCUGCUGGGGCUGCUCUUUCAGCUGGUGAUUGUAGCCCCACUUCGGGUUCCACUGGAUCAAACGCCUCUCUUCUACCCCUGGCAGGAUUGGGCCCUCGGGGUGCUCCACGCCAAAAUAAUAGCUGCCAUUACCCUGAUGGGCCCCCAGUGGUGGCUGAAAACUGUGAUCGAGCAGGUGUAUGCCAAUGGGAUUCGUAACAUUGAUCUACAUUUCAUAAUCCGGAAGCUGGCGGCUCCAGUCAUUUCAGUUUUGCUGCUGUCUCUUGCUGUGCCCUAUUUGAUUGCUGUUGGGAUUACUCCCCUCAUUGGAGUGACCCCUGAGAUGCGUAUCCUGGUCCAGAGGAGGAUCUACCCCUUCCUCCUCAUGGUGGUCACGUUGCUGGGGAUCCUCACCUUCCAAAUCCGCCAGUUCAAGCGGCUUUACGAACACAUCAAAAAUGACAAGUAUCUUGUGGGGCAGCGUCUGGUGAAUUAUGAGAGAAAGGCAAGAGUUAGUGCUGCUCCCCCACCACCAGUCUACCCACCCCAAGACUAGCAUGCAUAAGAUGUCAAUCAUGAAAUUGUACAGCUAAUUUGCCAUUUGGUUGUGUCGUGACAGUUGUAUGUGGGUGUGUGAACGUGUGUGUGCGCAUUGUGUGUGUGUGUGUUGUUAUUGCCUUGCAACGUACUGAGGACUGUACAUAUGUAAAUACCUCACACACAUGGAUUAAUAGAACAACCAUUGUACAUUUCUAAAAAUGUAUAUUAAUUUAUUAAAGCAAAUUGUCACUA